AUGAUAGAUAAGAUUAUGUUCUGGGAUGUUCAAGGGCUUGGGACCUCGAAGAGUAGACUUCAGUCUCUCCUGAAGAAGUUUAAACCCAAGGUUCUCAUUGUGGCUGAGCAUUUUAGGGAGGAUAGUAGGAUGUUAAGAUGGCAGAAUAUGUUGAGGUUUGAUGCCAAUUUUUCGAAUGGUGCACAUGAGGGUAAGUUAUGGAUUUUCUCGGAAGCGAAGGUGCAUGUUAGUGUUCUUAGAGCUUAUAAUCAACAAGUGAUGAUGCUGAUUUUCAAGAAGCAUUUAUCCCUGGUGGUUUCAGCUGUGUAUGCAAAAUGUUUGUAUUUCGAGAGAAGGUCUCUAUGGUCUGACUUGAUAGGCUUUAGUUCGCUUACUCUUCCGUGGGUGGUUCUUGGGAAUUUUAAUAUUAUUCGGGAAGAUAGUGAGAGAAGGGGUGGUAAUCUAAGAUUGCUGAGUACAAUGGAGGAUUUCUAUAGGUUUAUGGAUGUUGGGGGUCUGGUGGAAAUUCCUUUUAGUGGGAACAAGUUUUCUUGGUGUAAUGGUCAUGGCGGGAUGGCUAGAAGUUGA